AUGUGUAUCUGCCUGAAGGGGUCCGAAAGCUGGGCGGCGUGCAGAUGCUUUGUUGCCAAAACCUACUUCCGCCCACUGGGACCCCAAAAGCCUACGUUCGAGUGGUACAAAAUCCAGGGUGAGGAUCAGCGCGGAGGUUAUCGUUGCGACGAGUGCGAGCGGAUGCCUUCCAAGCUGGACGAGUUUUACUUUGCGAGGGUUGUUUCGACCUGCACUGGUGCGGCCUGUGCUUGGCCGAGUUGCGCGACCCUUAAACUUAGCUGGGCCUUUACCAGAGCCUGUGCAACUCGGCGCACGGUUCGAAUCCUGCUCCCUCCACCUCCUCCCCCGCUUACCCGUGGCAAGGAUAACCCGGCUGGCUAUCGACAACAACCACCCGCCUGUGCCGUCGAGCCCACACUUGUUGGGAACUUCGUCUCCAUGGCUACAAACGACCGACAGCUCCGCUGUUUGGACACAGGCCCCUCUCGAUGA